AUGGUUGCCACACCACUACCGCCGAUUAUCGAGACGGCCAUUUUAUCAUUAUGUGUAUGCCUCCCGAUUAUUGCCAUUCGAAAGUUUAAAUGGGUAUCUUCAGCCACUUCCAGAAAGCUACUGCACAUCUGUAUGGCGCCAGUGUAUAUUCUGUGUUGGAGUAUUUUUCCUGAUGAUAACUCUGGAAUGUAUCAGGCAAUGCUGAUUCCGCUCGCGUUCACAAUUGUAUUUUGGGUAAUUGGCAAGGGUUUUGUCAAAGUGGACAUGGUAACCGAUUCGAUGAGCCGAUCGGGUGUCGCAAGUGAGUUGGUUGGGGGACCAGUCCACUAUGGAGUUUGCAUUUCGCUGGCUACUCUUUUCUAUUGGAAGCGAGUUGAAUGCCUGUACAGUAUUCUUCCCAUAGCAUUUGGAGACGGGUUCUCUGCGUUUUUCGGUCCCAAUGUUCCUGGGAAUCGGUUCUUGCCUUGGAAUCCAUCGAAAACCUGGUUUGGUCUCGCGUCCUUCGUCUUUUUCUCAUGGAUCUCGCUCGUUUUCUACAAUUGGAUGAUUCUGAAGUGUGUAUCGAAGUGUUGA